UUUCGAAAAACUACUGAUAACAACAGCAGCUCUUGACUAAAGAGCAGAGUAAAUUUUAAGAAACAAGCUUUUGGGGUCUACAAGUUCUUUCGAAACAGAAGUGAAGAGUGAACAAAGAUGAGUGAAGAGAUUGACAAGCUGCGUUGGGGAAUAGGCUGUUUAGUUGGUGCAGCACUGUCGUAUCUUCUUGGAGAGGAAUCUCGAAUCAAUGCUGAGUCGCUGGGGAGGGUUAUUCGCGUAGUUCAAAUAAAGGAUUCGUCACUGUUAUUUGAUACUGCAUCCAUAGUAUUGCCUUUAAUCGUCACUGUAUCUGGAAUAGUCGGUUCGAAUAAGGGACUUAAGCUGGAGUCUAGCAAAGUGAAGGCCGUGAUUCUUCAUGAGACGACAAGCAAGUGCAUUUUGAAACCCUGCGUAAAAAAUGAAGUUGACAACAGAGGGAAUAGUGUAGAAGUUUGCUCCUGGAAAGAGGAACAGAAAGGUUCUCAUACUGUUAAGAAAGAGGUUCCGUGGUACCUGGAUGAUGGAACUAGUAAGGUCUUUGUGUUAAAUGCCGAGAGCGCCUCAAAAUUUUGGGAAUCAGUGGGUCGACAUGUAGGAAGUUGCAAAUCACAGAUUUUGCCAGUAAGAGGAACAGUAGUGGACAGCAGGCAGAAAGAACCGGACGUUCUAGUCAAGACAACUGUCACAACCCAACCACUUCUCAUAACUGGUACUCCAUUAACCGUUAUUGGGGAGGCUGUUAAGGAUCGGUCCGGAAGGAUCCGAAUUCAACAACCAGAAAGAGGCCCAUUUUAUGUCUCUCGAAAGAAUAUUGAUGAGCUCAAUGACGAGUUUGCAGGAGUGGAACGGUCGUUGAAAUGUGUCUCUCUAGUGUUGUCAUCCUGUGGUAUUUUUCUGAUCGGGAUGCAUACUUUUCAGUGUAUCAAAAAAAGAUUUUUUAAGCAGAAGUCGUGCAAGAGAUGUGGUCAUAGGAUCAACAGUGAACAACGUUCUUCACAGCUGACAGAGUGUCCACUUUGCCGUGAACAGGCUAAUCAGUUGGACAGGGCUUUCCGCGGUUAGACAUCUUCCUAGUAAACAAGAAGGCCAGCAAAGGAUGCUUUAUGUUAAGGCUCGUAAACUUCUUUUGAUUCUGUUUUCUAAAAACUAGUUUGGUUAUCUAUGGUUUCUUUGUCUCUGGGUUCAAAGCAGCCACUACAGCUAAAUUGUAGCCUGGUUGCCGUAGACACUCUCAGAACUCCGCGCAUAUAUAACGCUUUAUUAACUAAUUACUGGGUAUCUGACAUUAUUAAUGCAGUAA